AUGCGCGACGCAUCUGCUGGGCGGGGCCUCGGGGCUAAUGACCGUGCCGGGAGCCUUGUGACGCAGUUGCGCGCUGAGGUUGGGAGACACCGCCUGGAGCCCAGCCCGCCCUCUUCCGCUAAGGCCUCCGGCAUGGAAACAUCUGAACCACGUGCCGGAAACCAGCUCACGCCGACGCCAUUUAUUGUAAAAGUGGCCAUGUUCUUAUUCACUAUCUUUAUUCUUGUAGGUCAUUUUGAGUCACUGGACCUUGCAGAAUAUGCUAAGAAGCAGCCAUGGUGGCGCAAGCUGUUUGGGCAGGAAACUGGGCCCUCAGCUGAAAAAUACAGUGUUGCAACCCAGCUGUUAAUCGGAGGUGUUACUGGAUGGUGCACAGGUUUCAUAUUCCAGAAGGUUGGAAAAUUGGCUGCAACAGCUGUGGGAGGAGGAUUUUUUCUCCUUCAGAUUGCAAACCACACUGGCUACAUCAAAAUUGACUGGCAACGAGUAGAGAAGGACAUGAAGAAGGCCAAGGAACAGCUGAAGAUCCGCAAGAGCAACCACUUACCUACAGAGGUGAAAAGCAAAGCCGAGGAGGUGGUGUUGUUUGUGAAGAAGAAUGUUCUAGUGACUGGUGGAUUUUUCGGAGGCUUUCUGCUUGGCAUGGCAUCCUAAGGAGGACCUCCUCUCUUCCGUUAUUCCCGGUUUCUGUACCUAGACCAGCCUCUACACUCCAUCAUAGGACAUCAAGUCUCCUCCUCUUCUCCUGUGCCUUCUUCCCUGCUAUAGCAUAUCUGAGUGGCUUCUAUAGGCAUCUGUUGACAUGAACUGAUAAUGACCCUACUGUAAGCCUCGUGACAACAACGGAAGAUACAAUAGACCACCUGUCCUCCCAGAACACUCCCCAUGUGACUGAGCUAUAGGUCAGGAAUGUUCCUUUCCCCCCGACAUAAGAUACAUACUAGCACAGUGCAAUAUAGCUCACUGUGGAGGAUGAGUGUAUCCUCAAAGGUGCCCCAAACUUGAAUUAGAACAGGAAUAACAAGCACAUAGAUACCUGAUUAUGUGCGGCAUGGAAAGGAACUGAAUACAUUUGCAUUUAAGCAUGAAAGAU